AUGUCGUACAACAAUGCUAAUGCUGCUUCGUGGUUAUAUAUUCCAAUUUUAUCAAACCUGUUCUACACCACCGUCAAGGAUGAUGAAGAAGGUGGACAAGAUUCUCAGCACCGCCAACCCACGGCUGUUUCUCUGGUUGUUCAAGAGAUCAAGCAGCUAUACACCAUAGCCCUGCCAAUGAUCCUGGCGGGCCUUCUGGUGUACGCGAAAGCGGCGAUUUCGAUGUUCUUCUUGGGCAGAUUAGGUAAGGGGGCAUUAGCAGGAGGCAGCCUAGCAAUCAGUGUGGCCAACAUCAGCGGCUACUCCGUCCUCUCUGGCCUCGCUUCUGGCAUGGAAGCCAUCUCCUCCCAAGCCUUUGGAGCCCAACAAUGGCCUCUCAUGUCACACACCCUCCAGCGCACAGUCACCAUCCUCAUCCUCAUCUCCAUCCCCAUCUCCAUCAUGUGGCUCAACUGUGAGUCCUUCCUUCUCUUCUCAGGCCAAAACCCAACAAUCUCCUCCACAGCCACAACCUACCUCACCUUCACAAUCCCAACUCUCUUCUUCCAGUCCCUCAUAAAUCCCCUUAAAAUCCACCUCAGAACCCAACAGGUCACCCUCCCUUUAAUGCUCAGCGCCGCACUGGCCCUCGCCAUUCACACGCCAGCCAACUACCUCCUGGCCUGUCAUUUCCACCUCGGCAUUCGCGGUGUCGCGCUUGCCGGGGCCUUAACAGACCUCAUCAUCCUCCUCUACCUUAUUCUCUACUUACGCGGUUCGGGAAUUUAUACAAACACAUGGCAAGGCUGGUCACUCCAUUUCUGCUUCAAAGACUGGAAGCCCAUUAUUUGCCAAGCCAUCCCCAGCUGCUUCUCUGUGUGCUUGGAGUGGUGGUGGUACGAGAUCAUGAUCAUUCUCUCAGGCCUUCUCAGCAAUGCAGCUGAGGCCGUGUCCACCAUGGGAAUUUUGAUCCAGGCCACCGCAUUCGCCUACCAGUUCCCCUUCGCGCUGAGUCAAGCCGUGUCGACUCGGGUGGGGAACGAGUUAGGCGCCAACCGCCCCAAGCAAGCUAAAAAGUCAUCAUUUGUUGCAUUGUCAUGUGCUGUUCUCACAGGACUUUUAUCAACCACGUUCAUGGUGACAAUGCGCAACGCUUGGGGGCCGAUCUUCACCGCCGAUCGGGCCAUUAUAUCGCUGACGGCUUCGGCGCUGCCGAUCGUGGGGUUGUGUGAGCUCGGGAACUGCCCGCAGACCACCGUUUGUGGUGUGCUGAGAGGCAGUGCAAGGCCAACUUUGGGUGCAGCUAUAAAUUUGGGUUCGUUUUAUGUUGUUGGGCUGCCUGUGUCGCUUUUCAUGGCGUUUGUGAUGGAUUUGGGCUUGUUGGGCCUGUGGUUGGGCCUUCUGGCUGCCCAAUUGGUUUGCUUUGCUCUGAUGGUGAUUGUGUUGAUCAAGACAGAUUGGACGGCUCAGGCGGAGAGAUCCAAAGAGCUCACUAGUGCUAAUGUGGAGGAGUAUGUAGAGGAUGAGACCAAUGAGGGAUUAAUAUCUGCAAUUAUGCUAAUUAAUUAG